AUAAACAUCCAGAAAGGAACCAUUGUGCACGACCACCGUCAGCCAGCGUCUGCAGUUUAGAGUCAAAUGAAAAGUUUCUUGAACUUCUUGAAGCUCCAAAAGUUUUAGUCACUGGCAGCGCAAACACUGAAUAACUGGUGUCCUCAUUGGACUAUAAAUAACGCUACAGGGAGCGCACCAUGAGGCCAGUGUGCUGUGGUCCGUCUCACUGAAGCUUGCUCUGCAAACAGGUGAAUUUUGGAUAUUUCGUGAAGGUAUCUGAGGCCUCAGCAUGCCAGCGCCCCCUCCUCCCCCUCCGCCUCCCCUGGCUCCCCCUCCACCACCGCCGCCACCGCCGCCAAGCUCUGCCCUGCCACAGUGUCCGUCGGAGCCUCCUAAGCUCCAGUCUGGUGGAGGAGGAGGAGGUGGAAGGAAUGCCCUGCUGGCCGACAUCCAGAAGGGAGCCAGACUGAAGAAAGUCACACAGGUCAACGACCGCAGUGCCCCCAUCGUUGAUAAGCCCAAGGCGGGCACUGGAGAUGUAUCCAGCAGUGUUGGUGCUUCUCAGGGCUCAUCAGGAGGGAUGGCACCUGCGGGGCCCUCUUUGGGUGGGCUCUUUGCUGGAGGGUUCCCCACUCUCAAGCCUAUAGGACAAAGAGAUGUAGCAGGCAAGACUCCAGUGUCACGGUCAAGCUCCUCAGCCUCCCUGAAGCCUCAGUGGAACGCCCCCACCCCAGCAGACACGAGCAGCGUCUCCGAACCUCACAGGACGUUGGAGCUCCGAAGCUCCGUCCAUCGUCAACUCGCUCCCUCAUCCUCUGCUCCUCCCUCCCCAUCGCACAGCAGCAGACACUUACCUCCUUUCCCUACCUCCUCUCCCCCUCCCCCUCCACCUCCACCGGCUCCCCCCUCUGCCCUCCCCCCGCCUCCCCCACCCCAAGCCUUCCAGGACCGGCCGGCUAAUAAGCCACCGCCUCUCCCCUCCUGCCCUCCUCCUCCCCCUCCAUCUCAGGUCACAAAGCCCACCUGGCUCCCCAUCCAGCACUCCUACCACACCACCAUCUCCCAGCCUUCUACUCCUCCUCCUCCACCUCCUCCUCCACCUUUCCAACCUCCCUCUGCUGUUCCAGGGGACCGCUCCUCAGGGUGCUUCUAUCCUCCACCCCCAGUCCAUUCUGAGCCUUCCAGGUUCCCCAUCCUGCGAGACAGCCCACUGGGACCUCCUCCUCCACCUCCUCCCCCACCCCUCCCGGCUUCUUUCACCCCCAGUUGCCCAUCCACCCUACCUCCUCCACCACCCAAGGUGGCUGCAGUGCCCUCGCCGACCAUGCGCUCUUUGCCUCCCUCGUACCCCUGCAAUGCUCCCACCAGACGGCCACCUGCUGUACCCAGAAGUGCAGGAGUGGGUCGCCUAGCUCCUCCUCCAGCUCCCCCGGCACGUUCCCCCUCUACUGAGCUGUCCAGCCGCAUUCCUCCUCCUCCACCACCACCUCCCCUGCCGCCAUCAAGUCUCAGGAAUGGACACCUGCACAGCCUGGCAGAUGACUUUGAAUCCAAGUUCCAGUUCCACCCCGUAGAGGACUUCCCCCCUCCGGAAGAAUUCAAGCCUUUCCCUCGGAUCUACCCCAGCAAAGAAAACAGAGUGAACCCCAAACCACCUGGGAUUAGGACACACCUCAGAUGAGUCAAGGCCUCACCCUGUUCUUCACCGCCCCCCCCAACACACACAUAUCAGACAGUUAGACUCAAUCCUCCUCCUCCUCCUCAUGACAAUAACAUAACUGCCAUGGACGUGUUUGGAUGCAGGCUCUGUGUGUGUGUGUGUGUUGUUUGUGUUGAGUGUAUUUGUGCGUGUGCGUGUAUAUGUGAGUGUCAAACAGGGUCCCGCCUUAUACUGACUAUGUGACCUCCGACCUUUUCCAGUGUGGAAUGUUUUGAAUGUUUGUGAGGAGGAGGGCUCUCCCUACUCAUACUCAUAAGUUACAUACAGACUACACACACAAACACACACACUCUCCAGGGACAGUGUCUACCCGCAGCUAUAUUUAUCAUGACUCGUGACACAGUUUGUGAGCAUUUCAGGAUCUACAUACAGGACAGAAUAUCUUAAUUUGAUGUCAUGAUCUGUUCCUUGAUACAGUAGCACUUUUAAAGUCUGCAUUUAACCCAGAAAUGUUAUUAAACACACAGAUAAGACAGUAAAGCUUUUUUUUAAGUUUAUGCAAGACUAAGGUCCUAAGAAGUUCAGUAGUUAACUUUUGUCAUAAUUUUUUGUCAUAUUUGCUGAAACUGGCACUAUAUCCUGAUGGUAGUAUAUGAGAGAGAUUAUCUAUAAGAAAAAAAAGGGUUCCUCUGACUCCUCCUAGUGUUCCUAAUGACCUCAGUUUUGGUUUUGUAUCUGUCUCAUGUACUACUGUCAGGGUAUAGUGACAGUUUCAGCAAAGAUGCAGAGAUGGGACAGUUUUUUUUUCCUACUGUAGCUUUACGUGCUUGUAAUGUUCUCCCUUAAUGGUUUGUUCAAGCAGGACAAUCCUCUCAAGAUCUGUUUUUCUUUCUUAUGGGAAUUCAGCGACCUAUAUGGCCACUGUUAGCAGGAGACGAUGUAAACCUCAUACAACUCAAUGUGAAAACAAACUUUACUGCAGAAUGUGCUAACCUUGGGAGUUCAUAAAUCCUUGUACAGUACAUAUAGUGGUGCUCUCCAGUGUUUAUGUAAUUAUUUUUGUAUGUUUAAAAUGCAUCCAUAUAAGUGUAAA